UUUCAGCUACUCUGCGCAUGCGUCCGACAUUUUUGUUGUUAGGUAGUUGGGAGAGACGUAAACUGUGAUUUGUAGGACGAUUACGCUUAUGUAACGUGAAUAGGACAAGACAAAAUGUGAAACAGGUGUAAAAGAAAUGUGUUUGCCAUCGUUAUGUCAUACUGACUACUUUACUUCUCCAGUAGGAUUCGAGAAAACACGUCUUGCAUAUUUGUAUACACCGUUGCUAUUUUGUGAUCCCGCGCUUGACGGGAACAAGUGCUUCAUGUAUUGAUAACCGUUUCGACCCAUUCGCCGAGGAAGUACACACAAAGAAACUAUUUGUGGAUGUUUAAUAUCAAAUGACAACAACCAAGUCAACAUUGACUACAGAUAAGUAAACAUUCAGUAUCAAGGAUGACUGCCGCUGUGUAUGACAAUGACAUCGACAAAUUCAUUCAAGAUCAGAAGUCUAAACUAGCUAAUGAAAGGCAGCGUCUCAAUGAUGAUGGGGAGAACAAACGCAGAACAUGGGACAGAACUGGACAUAAUGACUACAAGCUAGCAGAGCAGACACAACGUAGACCCAUGUCUGGGGGCCGCACUGGGCUGCCGAUUGGAGGGGAUGAUGCGGAUCUCAAGAAGCGCCAAAUGCAGGCCGAAAGAAAUCGAGAAUAUAAUGAAAUGAUUCAGAAGAAACCACGCCCACAACAGCGCAUCCCUGUAACACCCUUUACCCCCAUGACGCGUCAGCAUGCCCGGGAAUCGGACACUGAGGCCCCAGCCCCUGCACCUGUACGUGAACAUGCUCCCCCGAGGCAGGCGGAGCAUCAAGAGCCUCCUCCCCAGCAAGAGUUGUCUCCCCGGAGGAAACCGUUAACACCAGUGGAUGGCAUGGGUUUGCCUGUAGGCCAGUACGAGAGCACUAAACGUAAACUACAGCAUGACAUCCAGCGCCAGUACAGGGAAAUGUUAACACAGCAAAAAGAAGAAAAUGACAGAUUAACCCUUCUACAGCUGGGACUUGCUGGAAAAGUUGCUCUCCCUUCCGACUUAUCAGAUCAAAAGGAAACUGUUUUCCCUGAGAGCAUUUUUGGGCCAGAAUAUGAUUCCUCCAAUCACAUUGAUCUCAGUAUGCAAUAUGAAGAUUAUGAUCACGGCAUACAGAAAGUUAAAGCCUCACAGUUGGAAGUUCUUGAGGAUAUUGGGCGUCGUGAAGAGCAGUUACGUAGGAAGUUAGAUGUGGAGACAAUACGAGAAGCAGAUCAAGAGAAAACACUACAGGAAGAGGUGUGGAGACGACAUCAGGGAAAUCCACCCGAGAACACAGCAGAAUUUCGACCAGCUUACUUCAAAAUUGGUGACUAUGAGAAGUACCGCCAGGCUCUAAAUGACCAGCGUAGAGAGGAGUACAAUGAAUUGUUAGCCAAGCUGAAGGAAGUGCGACCCAGGCGGAGGUACUUCAAGACCGAGGCCCAGCAUGAGCCAACAGCACACAACCGCCGCCUAUGGCGGGAACCGUCGGAAGAGCUUGGUCUGCCCAUCGGGGAGUAUGAGAAUAAGAAGAAGAAGCUAGCAGAUCAGAGGAGGAGGGACAUGCAGGCCAACCUCAGCAAGCAACAGCAGCAGCAGCAACCCUCCUCCAGGAGACAGUGGCAGGACUCGGACCAGUCGGGGCUCAAAUUUGCAACACAGGAUCAAGCUGCUAGGUUUAAUGCCGAGAAGAGGCAAGAGUACAAUGAAGUCAUCAGUAAAAAGCCACGUCAAAACCGUGAAUGGCGCGAGCCCUCAGCUACCGGGGGUGUUCUCUUUGUUGGUGAGCUGGAAAAGAAACACCUAGCUCAGCAAAAGUUAGCUGAAGAAAAAAGACAAGCCUAUUUAAAGAAGACUGUGGACACUUCCCGUCGGAUGUGGCGUGAGCCGUCUUCGGAGGAAGGGUUAAAGGUCGGAGAGUAUGAGGACAAAAAGAAGAUACUAGCGGCAGAGAGACGCAGAGAUUUUGAGAGAUCUAUGGCUGGAAAGAGAGAUGAUGGACCACACACGUGGAGGGAACCCUCAUAUGAGAGGGGUUUACCUCUAGGCCAGUAUGAGACCACUAAGCUUAAGUACCAAGCUGAAAGGCACAGGGACUACAAUGAACGGCUAGCUCAACAGCCGCCCCGCUCUAACCGUAGACUCUGGCGCGAACCGUCUGACUCCUCUGUGGGACUUGAUCUUAACAAAUACAAGUGGAGCAGCAAGUACCUGCAAAAGUUUAAUGAAAUUGAAAAUCUCAAGACCCAGAACAAGCAGUCUAGCAGUCCCCGGGGUAGCCAGACAUGGCGGGGGCCGGCAACAGUACCCCCGCUGUACUUCGGUAGUAGGGAGGAGGAGGUAGAACGUCUUGCUCAAACUGAGCGAGAGUAUUACGACUUGUUGGCUAAGCUGGGCCCCAAGGAUCCACGGUCAGAUCUGCCCCCAAAACCUGCCACCCCAGGGGGGUUUCUGAACCGACUAGGGAGGGAUGAGGGGCGUCGCCAACAGCUCAGCGAGGAGAGGAGGCAGGAGUAUAACCGGUUAAUGUCAGAGAAACAGCAGCGAGGUGGGGGGCGUCGCCCUGACGGGGACUACGGUGCCACUAUACCAGGUCUUAGAGGUGCAGAUUCUGCCAAGUAUUAUUACCCUGAGAGGCCCAAGUCUGAUAGUGAUGUUCGAGGCAGCUGGUCUAAACCUUGGUUUGAGCGUAACCGUAGUUACGUGGAUUUCAAACCGUUUUCUCUGGAGAAAGUGAAACGGCGCAACGAGGAGUACAAUCAGUUUUUGAGAGAGAAAGAGGGUCAGAAAAGACCCCGAGGUCAAGUUAAGCACGGGUAUCAUAAGAAACCCCCCUACUGGACCGAGCCAGAGUCAGCCAUUGUGACUGCACUGGGGGAACAGGAGCAGGGGGACACAUAUGCAACAUUACCGGGCCUCCGAUAUGAGGACACGGCCAAAGCUAAAUAUAGUGAGUUAGAGAGAAAUAAGGAGUACAAUGACUUCUUAAGACAGAAGGAUGCCCUGGACCGGUUGGCUCGCACCCAAGGACAGGAAGGGCCCCCUGGUGCCCCACGGAAGGGCUGGGCCACGCCCACCUAUGAAGAGAUGCUGGACAAGAAGAGGCAGGAGGAGGCCAGAUACAGACGCUAUGAUGACCCGGAGUACAGUCGUCCUGGUAUGAAGUCCUAUGGCAGUGAAGGAGCCCUGAAUGGUAUCGAUGGUGAGAGGCGAGGAAAAGGUCUAGAUACAGACUUAGACAAGCGGUUGCGCAUCUCCGACGGGCACAGAAGCAUCCUGGAUGACCCGUUAUGGCUGAGUCCGCGCAGGGGGGAGAACUAUGACAGAGAGGCUCCGAUAUCCCGUCUGAGAGACUAUAACUUUAAGGAGGCCGAACUCUCCAGCCGUCCCACCUCGCCAAAACAACCGGCUGAGGGUGGCAACAAGAAGAGAUACCAGGAAACGGCCCCUCCCCGAGACCACGGCCCCCCGCCACGCAAUACCGAGCCUGGCUACUAUGCCACCCUGCCAGUUGGUGAUCAGCGGGAGAAACGAAGCCGCUCCACGGAUGAUGGGAGUCAGGAGAGAAUGAGUGCACAGCAGCGCAAGAAGGAGCAGUACCGGAAGGAGCUGCAACAACAGAUGAUGGAGGCCAGUGAGGCUAAACGCAGAGAGAAGCAAGAUGGGAUGAAAGUGUCUGCAACUGGAGCCAAUGACCCCGAGAAGAGGCAGGACAGACUCCGAGGCUUCGGAGCAUCAUCAGUCCCCCCACCCCUUCCACCCCAGCAGGCUCCUAUAGUCAUCGCACCUCCAGUCUACAACAUAGCUGACCCAGUACCUGUUCUAUCAGCCUCACUUGCAGACUAUGACAAACUCAGUCCGCGGUCGGAGCUGGUCUUGGGGCGGAAGAGUCUAUUCAAGGGAGACCACCAGUGGGAGCAGAUACAGCAGCUGGACAGGAUCAACUUCGACUUGGACCGUAAACGGUACACAGCACCUGCAAGCAACAACUCAACGGGCAUCCUAGAGAGGGGCUUCGAUUCGUUGCUGGAGCCUCCCCGAGUCACCAGCAUCAAGGCCCCUCCAGGACUGGAGUACCAGCCAUCGACGUUUGUUACCGGUGGUGGGGGUGGCAGUUUUUCGUCGUUGGAUGACACGUACCACUACCUGGCCACUAAGAACCCCCUGGAUCCUGAGGUGGCUGGUGCGGCACAUCCUGGUGUGGCUGCAGUAGCCAUUCCUCAAGCAGGUGCUGCCACAGGGGGCCACACUGCCAGGGUGCGCUUUGAUGACGGACGAAGACAGGCGCCUGGAGGAGGAGCAACUUUUGCUGUUGAGGUCGAUGACUCCAAGUCAACCGCUCGCGCCAAGGCACAGAUGUAUCAGCUUGAGUUGGCCAAACAGAUUGAAGAAGACAAGAUGAAGAAAGCAAAGCAAAGGGCUCAUCAGGAAUGGUAUGACAUGAAGCUGGAGGAGGAGGCCAAGAGCUACAACCCGUACGGCAAGGGGGGUGGGGGUGCACCCAUGAAGGAUGACCGCGGAAAUAUCAUUGCUGACCUGCGCUCACUGAGGAGACCGGGCGGUCCCCCAACUGCAGCAGGAGUGUAUGCUGGGACCUCCCCUCGACCCCCCUCCCCCCGGGAUGACCUGAUCCGCACCCCACCCCUCCAGACCACAGCAGCUGGGGAACCCUCACAUGCCCGAGGGGGGCAUGGAAUAUUUGGACAGCCCAAGACUGAUGCUGAGAAACACCAGACCGAUGUGUACAAAGAUGAUUUGAGGAGACAGAUUGAGGCCAAGAAGGCAGCUGCUGCUCUGGAGCGAGAGAAGGAAAGGUAUGAAGAAGAGAAGGAGCAACGUAGGAUAGACGCCGAGCGGAAGAGGAUGCAGGAGGAGUACGAGGAGGAACGCAAGAAGAUAAAGCUGAAGGAGGACGAGGCUCGGAGGAAGAAUGAAGAGUUGAUGAGACAAGCGGAGGAGAGGAAAAGAGAAGCAGAUCAGCGGAGAAAUGAUGCUGACGAUGAGAGGAGGCGACAACAGGAGGAAGCAGACAGAGAGAGGCUGGAGAGGGAGGCCGCAGAGCGAGGAAAAUCUCCCCCAUUGCCAGCAGUGGGGAGAAAGCAGGCAACUGAGCACACACCGGAACCUGCUGAUAAAGCGCUUACCUAUCGAGCCUCCUCCCCCCCUGUGCCAGCUGCUAGAACCAGUCUUGCUGCUGAGAAUCGGCCUCACUCUGUUGCUAGGCAACAAAAUGAAGAGGCUGAAACCCGCUAUGUGCCCUCCGCGCUUUCCAAUAGAAUAGAUGAGCCUUUGCUUGAUCGAGGUCGUUCCCCAGUUGACAGAGCUCCAUCCUCGUCUAGAGCUCCAAGUGCUGACAUCCUCAAUGCUCUGGCCAGGAUGAAGCAUCAGCUGGCCUCCGAGAGAGACCGAGUGGAGACCAUGCUGGACAAGAGUGAAAAUGAGCCUGAGGUGUUUGAUCCAAGGUUAGCACAGAGGCCCCCUCCAGUUCCGCGGGUUCAACGUGACAUAGACGUGUUUGAGAUGGCACGGAACCGAAACACUGUUCCAGUGAGACGAGCGCCAACAGCAGACAACAACCCACACCCAGAGCACCUGCGCGAGUUCCACGAUCUCAAACAAGCUGACACAGAUUCUAGACAAGAAUUCAAGCGACAAUAUCCAUAUGACCCGAUGUCCAACGACCAUCUGGAGCAGCAGCAGGCUGCCCUCAUCCGACAGCAGGAACAGAAUCUCCGGGAAUUGAGGGGCAAAAUAAGAAGCAGUUUAAGCAUGGCCGACAUGGACAUAGAAGGCAAGUUUGAGAAGGCUCUGCCCAACAUGGAGCCUAAAGACUUAGGCUUGAAUCGUCAUCGCACAAUCAGUCCACAGCCAAUGCUACAAUCCAACAGUGCCUUUAUAGAUAUGAACGGGCUCGGACCGGUGUUCCCAGACGACCUGGAUGACCUCCCGCGUCGGAAUGAAUCUGCUCGGCAGCGACGUAGAGAAGGACUUUUUCCCAGCCCACGGCCUGGGUCUGUGACUAGCUUGGAUGUGGAUCAGAUUGCCAGGAAGAAUGAGCAGCGUUUGAAGAAACUCCGGGACAUUCAAGGUGAUGAUCUGUCUCUCAAUGACCCUGAUGAUGUCCUGGACAGGUUUAUGUCCAAACAGGCUCACAACAGGGAUUUUGUAACUGAGCUUGAUUCAGAGACCGAUACCUUUACCCCCUACAAGUCAGACUAUGCAGGAUGAUUCCUGGCUUCAGCCUGGCAGCAAGCUGUCCCGCUACUGAGCCCUGUGACUCCUC